GAAGAAAAAGGAAAGACGUCGAGUCACACAAAAGGUGGUGGUAUUUUCAGUGCUCUGCGCGUAAUCGCACACGAGGAGGUUUGCAUUGCCAGUCUCUCUCAAUCUUCUUCGUCAAUCAUCAAAUCAUCCUUGCGAGCAAUCUCUUUCUUCUUCCAAAUUCCGAGAAAAACAAAAACGAAAGCUGUGCAAUACACUGAUGAUGUUAACUAUCAAAUGGCAUGGACGAGGACAAGCCUGUGCGCCGUUUCUCCUAAAGUCCAACCACAGCUUUUUUAGGAAGAAAAACGAGGUAAUCAAGGUACAGAAGUCUAGUCCAUCAGACUCGAAUGCAAAGAAAGCAAAUUUAUCAGCUGCAAGGAAAGAGAGAAUUAAGCUGCCGAAGUAUGAUCAUGGCUAUGGGGGCAAGACAUUUCAUAUUAGCGAAUUUCUAAGACAUCCUUCUGGAAUUCAGGCAAUGCUCAACACAAGAGCCUUGCAAAACUUUCAAGCUCUUGAUUCGAACAUUUACAGAUGCUUUCUCCCAAAAGUUCAACUUUUAGAUUUUGAAGCAGCCCCUGUGCUGGACUUACGAGUGACCCCCACAAAUGAAGACUGUACAGUUGAAAUGCUUUCUUGCAAGUUUGAGGGCUCAGAGAUCAUGGAACGCCAAAACAACCAUUUUUCAGCAUUUAUGAUGAAUCACAUGACCUGGGAGACACAUGAUUUUGAGUCAUUUUUGGAGAUUGAUGUGAAGUUGAAUCUCACACUUGAGAUUUACACACGCCCAUUUACCAUGAUGCCUAUAUUAGCUGUUGAGCAUCCUGGAAAUUUAAUGAUGCAAGCCCUGGUGGAUAGGCUCGUACCCGUGCUUCUGCAGCAACUACUACAAGAUUAUGACGGAUGGGUUCAACAGCAAUCGGAUCAUAUCCAUGAACUUUAUCCUUGACCUCUACGAUUAAAGCGCAGAGUUAGAGCAAAAGAGGACCCCACGCGUGUUUUGUAUCAAUUGGGCCUCCGGCGCAUAUUUUGCUGUGACCUCCAAUAACAGCUGUGCUGAUUUUUACUGCCCUCUUUUUCGUUUUUGUUUUUGUGUGUGUGUGUGCAAAUGAGGAUCCCAUUUUGGGCAAGUCGCACAUUGACCUUCAAAUCUCCAUCGAAGUUCUGUACCAUUUUAUGCCUUAUUGUCACAUCAAAAGCUACAAAGCAAGACGUUUUCUCAGUUACGUCUAAGAGCAUUAGCAUUGGAUUGGUUA